AGGGAAAAGAAUGACCAAUGCUUCAUAAAAUUUGAAGAUGCUUUAACCACUCUUCAAAUCUUAUGACAAAGGCUUGAUCCAAAUGGCAAGCCAUUGGAAUGGGAAUGGGGGAGUUCCAGGUUUGGUUCUGUAAUAUCCAAGAAAAGAGAAAAAGAAAAGACAAAGCAACAAAGGAAAAAGAAAAGAAAAGAAAAAAAAAAACAAUUACCCAUCAGAAAAAUUGAGGAUGCUCCAGUCUUUUGAAACCUGGCUCAGUGGACAAGAGUUUUGGGGGAGCCCAAAAAGAACAAAAAGGAAAAAUGAAAAAAAAAAAAAAAGGCAUAUCAAAACAAGAAAUGGAACAUGCUUUAAUUGAAUUUCAGUUCCUGACAUAAUACUUCCCUAGAAAUUCUUAUUUAACUGCAUUCUUAUUGCGGCAUUAUGAUGAUCCUCCAACCAUGUGCAUAUUUAACUCAAACAAAAAUGUGCUGCUAUUGCAUAACUGGAAAGUGCAUACAUUGCACAACCAAACAGAAGAAACUAGGUAUAGGUGUGCACACUGCAAGGAAUGUUUGCUCCAGACAGAUUCAUGGUGUUCUUUUAUUACAUUCAUAGUUAUGAACUUUGUGUGACUACGUUUUCUUAAUCAGUUACUUAGCUCUGAUCUUUCAAGUUGUAUCUAGGUUGUAAUUGAAAGGUCUACAGCGGAUGGGUUACCAGCAGGGUGGAUAAAGGAAAUCAAAAUUAGAAUGAAUGAAAAUGGAAUCCGAAGAGACCCGUAUUAUACGGAUCCUGUGAGUGGGUAUGUUUUCCGAUCCAGAAAAGAUGUCUUUCGCUAUCUAAAAACUGGAGAGAUUAGUAGGCAUGCAUUCAAACCAAAGAAUAAGUGCAUCAAUGUUCCGGAAUUGCCAAAUGAUGAGAUCUCUCCACCACCUGGAGCUAAAAGGCAGAAAUUAAUGCACCAGAAAACCAGGCGACGCCUUUUCUCAGCAACUGCUUCUGCAGAUACAGGAAGUUCUGAAAUGAGCAACUUAUCCUUGCCAGAAAAUCAGGGCUCAAGGCAAACCAAGCAGCUAUUUUCUAAACCUAAGUUUGCUUUGGAGCCCUCAACUGAAACUCUCCAAGAGAAGCUUCUGGUGGAGAAUGAAAAAUAUGCUGAAUCUAAGAAAAGCUCUGGUAGGAGGAAUUCAGAUCUGCAAAAGGACAAAGGUUCCAAGAGAAAAUCAAAAAACAAAGACUGUAACUUGCCUUGCCGUUCAUCAAAACGGCUUGCUGGGCUCAAACCCGACCUGGUAGGCAACUCAGGAUCCAGCGAACAGGCUCUUGCAGUUGCAGAUAAGAUCUCUGGUAAAAGUGAAGUAAUUCCAGCUCUAGGUGUGAUAAUGGGCAGUUUGGACAAUACGGCAUGUUGUCAACUUGAGGUUGUCCUAGAAGCAGAGCCUGGACAUCAUGCUUCCAGAGCCAUAGAAGCUCCAUCAGAUGUAGAGCAAUCAAAGAAAGACAAUAGGCAUCUUGAAGAUGAAGCUGUUCAAGAAGAGGAAGCUGGGAAACUGGAGACAGGGAAAAAGACUGGUGAUGAGCCGGAGCUGCCACCAAUGGACUUCCCUUUUAUGGAUGUCUGGUCAGAUCCAUGCCUAGAAGUUGCGUUCAAAACUCUUACGGGUGCUAUACCCAUAGAAGAUAAUCUGGAAAUUGAGGGUUACUUUCAGCAACAAAUUGACUCUUCUCACACCCAGAACAGUAGCCUGACACUGCCAGAUUUUGGUUUACCAAGUUCCCAGUUUGAUGCACAAGAAAAAUCUGUACCCAGACAGCACUUUGCUUCAAAACCAUCAGUUUUGCCCAAGGAAAUGUAAGCUUGCCCGGUUGCAGUGGAAUCAGUCAUGGACAAUGUAGCCUGGAGGGGAACAAGGAAUAUCCUACCAGGGUAAACUAGUUGGGGGGAGGAGGCUUAGCUUUUCCACUAGAAGCAAUGCUAACCAUAUAACUUUUUGAGCCAAAUAUCAACUUUUAGAUGAAACACUGCUUGCUAUAAACGCUCAGUAUCUUAGGUUUCUUUCUGUUUUGUGUCAAGAUGACAUGGUAGAACAGUGCCUCUAUACUUUUUGGCCACUUUUUUGAUUUGUACAAAAGAAAAAUGGCAAUUAAUGCUAUCUGACUCUGAAAUCUGUUCAUAGAAUUCAA